CCUUGUGAAGUGAAGUGAAUUAUAUUUAUAUAGCGCUUUUCUCUAGUGACUCAAAGUGCUUUACAUAGUGAAAGUCAAUAUUUGAGUUCCAUUUAAAGCAGUGUGGGUGGCACUGGGAGCAGGUGGGUAAAGUGUCUUGCCCAAGGACACAACAGCAGUGACUAGGAUGGCGGAAGCGGGAAUCAAACCUGGAACCCUCAAGUUGCUGGCACGGCCACUCUACCAACCGAGCUAUACCGCCCCUGUCUGAGGCUUCCAAAGGCCUCUUUAACCACAGCAGAGGAAGUCUAUGUCACCCACCGCAAUCAGGGGGGCCGAAGGUGUGCGUCAUAACAGCCUUCUGCACGGGGUCCAUCUGAGGAGAGCGGGCACAGGGGCAUUGUUACCAACACAGGACGACACUGCAUGUUGGGCACAGGAGCUGCGAGAACAAGGACUGAGAGAGAAGCUUCUUGAAGCAGCCGACCAGCUGGCUCAGUUUGGGGAAAGCGAGGAGGAAGAAAUCUAUCAGACGGCGCGAGGCCUGGAGCUUCGCAUGCAGGCCUUCAUUCAGCAGGUGGAACAAAGAAAGACGCUGCUUUCUACACACACACCAAAGAGAUGCAGACGGAACUCCGGAGGCAGUGUACAGCUUUGUGUUGUCUCCACUCAAAGCCCUCAAGCCAUCAAGUGCCCUGAAAGUAGGAGUAGAGUGGAAAAACAAGCUGACUGUAUAAGCCUACUGUAUUUUUCGGACUAUAAGAGGUGGGACCAAGUCAUUGCUUUGCAAGUCACAAGUAAGUCUCAAGUCUUUGCCCUCAAGUCCGAGUCAAGUCCCGAGUCAAGACAGAGCAAGUCCGAGUCAAGUCCAAAGUCAAGACUGGAAAGUCUCAAGUCAAGUCCUGCAUUUUGAGUUUCGAGUCCUUUCAAGUCGUUUAACCACAGACUAAUAUAUUUACACAGAUUGUGUAUGCUUUUAAAAUGCUGUAUUUAUUUAUUAAAACAAGUGCAUUUGAAAUUGCAGGGAAAAAGAUA